UCAGUGAAUCGUUCGAUCGAACUUAUUCCGAACGAGUCGACACAACGCUAACAGAAAGCCUGUUGCGCAGAAAAUGGGGAAACGAACACAAUUAAUUAGCAAUCAACGGCAGUAAAUAAACUGCAUUACGCGAGGAAAACAAAAGCAUUCGAAACGUUAAAUCCAAACAAACUAAAUAAACAUUCGACUAACGACAACGCAGCCUAGCCACAGCCGCCGCAGUAACAGCAGCAACAGCAGCAACAGAAACAGAAGCAGAUCAGCAAAACAACAAGCAAGUCGCGCACGGCUCAAUGAAAAGAAACGAAGAAAAACAGUUUAUUUUUGUGUUUAGCUGCCUGCCAUACCCCGCCAGCGUUUGUCGCGUGUGCCAACGUGAUUGUGUGCGUGCGUGCGUGUGUGUGUGUGUGUAUGAAAAUAUUUAAAAACAAAAUCUUCCGCGCAGACGGUCAACGCACAGGGCAGGGGCAGCGGCAGGGGCAGGGCGCAGGGGUCGCAGACAGUGCACAGAGAGACAAUCAAAAAAGCAGCGACAGCAGCAGACAUAUAAACAACAUCAGCAGCAGCCAGCAGCAGCGGCGGCGGCAGCGACGUCGACGUCGUGCUCGGUGACGCGUCGCGAGGUGCUCGAGGUCAGUUCAGCACAUUUCGCGCACGGCCGUUUAAUACAUCUCCACCCCAACUCACCUCAACCCCCGUACCCAACCCCACCAGAACGGCCCGAACGGCCACCCGCAAACGCACGCGCGGCGACGUUUCAAAUUCUCAGUCGACGACAAAAAAACAGCAUCGGUAAACACCGAAAAACGAAAUAAGUUAACGAGAGACUCACGCGCAACUCUUUUAUUGUUUAACUGAUAACCUGUGCGCAGCUGAUAAAUAUCAAGUGAAAAGUGGAAACAAAUUAUUGCAAUUGCCCAAGCGCCAAGUGCGAAUGCGAAUGCGCCCUCAAUUUGUAUGCCAUCAGCAGCAGCACACACAUUCACAUUCACAUUCGGCACACAACACGCACGCAUCCACACAUACACACACCCGUUCGCAUUCCCCCCAACAGACGACCACUGACGUCAGUCGGCUGGAUCGUUAUCGUUAUCCGAAAAUGGUGAUACCGGGGCCGGAGCCCAUCACGGGCGCCAUUGCCACAGCCGGAUUUAACCGUACACCGUUAACGGAGCUGAGCGGCGAGACGCGCCGCCAGCUGGCAUGCAUGCUGAAUCGCAAGAAGGUGCUGCGCUCCGAGGAGGGCUACGAGCGGGACUGGCGCGGCAUUGCGUCGCUGUCGGGCCAGCGUGGCUAUGUGGAUGAGUUCGCGAAUAUGCCCAUGGAUCUGGUGCUGAACAGCUGGAUCAAGCAUAAUCCACAGACAGCCGAGGUGGGGCAUCUGGAACAGUUUCUGGGCAUCAUCGAUCGCUGGGAUGUGCGCGACGAUAUACAGGAGAAUCUGACCAAGGACACAAAUCGCUACAAUGUGAAGCAACAGCAGCUCGAGCAAUUGGCCAUAUCCGCGCGCGACAGUCCCACGCCCACGGUCAAGUGCCUGGAGCGGAACAACAACAAUAGCCUGGCCCGCGAUGUCAACCUGCUCAGCAUUGACGACGAGAAGUGCCUGCAGAAUGGACAGCCGCUGCCCAAAUACAAUGCCUGUGUGCUGUACGCCGAGGCGGACAUUGAACAUGCGACAGACAUCAUGAAUAAUCUAGAGUCUCCGCCCUAUAAUCUCAAGCUGUUCUUGAGGCAUCGGGACCUGCUGCUGGGCGUGCCGUUCGAGCAUGUCGAGCUGUCACAGUUCAUGGCGACGCGCUGCAAUCAUUUGAUCGUCGUUCUCACGGAUGAGUUUCUCAAGAGUCGCGAGAACACGUAUCUGGUCAACUUUACGCAAAAGCUGCAAAUCGAGAACAACACGCGCAAGAUAAUACCCAUAUUGUACAAGCACAACAUGAUUAUACCGCAGACGCUGGCCAUAUAUACGCACGUCAACUACACGGACACCUCCAGCCUGUUCAAUUUCUGGGACAAGCUGGCCCGUUCGCUGCAGGAUGUGGACACUGCGUCCAUAUACAGCGCCAGCCAGCAGCUCUACACCCCCACAGCACCGGAAGCGAGUGCUUCACAGCCGGAAACGCCGCGCAUACUUAUCAACGAUGCGGACGUCACGGAUCUAUCCGAUUGGAAUCUAAGCGAGACAAAGCUCAAGUCGAUGUCGGGCAACACGACGGCGCCGUUGCCCGAACUGAAAGUCAAGCGCAAGGAUAAGCUGCUGCAGAAACUGACGCUCAAUUUUAGUACCUCGCCGCGCAACGGCAGCGCCGGCAAACCGCUCCGACAUGCGCAUUCGGUUAGCGCCAUCAACAUGCAGGAGCAGCAGAGCACGCUCAACGCCAGCAACUCCAAUCUAUCAACAUAUUCGGAGAACAAGAAGAGAUCCAACAAGUGGAGCUCCAAGCUGCUGAAGAAGUUUACGCGCAGCACCACCAAACUGCAAACGCCGUGCUGAUUGGCAGGCAGCAAAAAAGUAGCAGGCAGCUUCGCUGGCAACACACGUGGCAUGCUGCCUGUGUGAAUGUGAAUUUCCUUAAAUUGCGACCAGUUUAAUUGGCAUGCAACAACAACAGUGUCAAUCCAUCAACCAGUCACCGAGUCACCAGAUAGCGACACCAACCACCCUCCAUUUAAUAGUGAUUUUUCGUUUGUAAUCUUUAGCCUAAACCUAAAAAAAAAAAAGAAACGCCAACUAACUUAAAUGUAUUUAGACGCACUUGUUAAUCUAUGUAAGUCAACAACGAAUAAAGACAAUAUAUAUAUAUAUACAUAAACGCACACAAA